AGUUGAAUAUUUCACAGUCAAGAAUCGCGUGAAGGAACCCUUGCAUACCACAGUCCACAUUAUCUUCUUUAGAGCCUUUAUGAUCAGGUUUGUGUUUGAUUUUCAACCUAGUUUUAAAGACAUUUAGCGCUGACUCACGAGUGGCUUUUUUAUGGGGUAUUAGUAUCGUAUACACCUUCCUUGUUACCCCCGUCAUUUCGUAUGUUUGUAGCAAGUCUAUCGUAUGAUAUUUUUAAAAUAUCUUUACUGACGCUGAAAAUAAAACAUUCAUGGUACUUCAUUCUGCAGUCAGCAAGGAUUUACUCUAAAUUGAAAGUAUCUCUAGACUGAAAUCUCCGACAGAUUGAUGUCGAUGAAUGAACAACCCACGAAAGCCACACCCAGUUAGUUCUUUACCUCAAUCCUUAUGACUUCCGCUAAACUCUACCUAUCUAUUUUAACCUUAGUCAGCUCUCCUUAAAGCCGGAAUGGUUUGUAGUAUUCACUGUCGCAGUUUCAUUUAUGACUUAUUCCUGUUUAUUGUAUUGAUUACUAGUCACUUGUUUUGGAAAACAACCCAAAAUAAUAUUACAUUUACUCAUCUUAAAGCAGUUUCUGGACCUUCUACAGAAAUCUGCAGGCAUUCGCUCCCUCAGUAUCCAGACUUAGUGAAUCGCUUGUAUGAAUGCAUCUAUAGGCUUGUUUUUGUGAGAUUUUUAUCGACUGAUAUUUUAAAACAUUUUAGAUCUAAAAUCAAAAUCAGCGUCUCUAUACUAUAAAAGUAAAAGCAUGAACCCUAUUUAAAAAAUUAUCAUUACGAAUCAAGCUGUAAUUUUAUCGUGAAACAGAUGUUAAAUGGACCGGCCCCCAGUUUGUUUGCAGUGCAGGCACUAGCCUGCAGUGCAGGCGUAUUUUGGGUGGGCGAAAGCUUGUUAAUCGGAUCGCUACGAUGAAGCCGCCAUCUUUGAUUCUAUGACAGAGGAAGAUUGGGGAGAGUAGUAAUAUUAACCCUGACGGUAGGUGUGAGGGCAAAAAAAGAAGAGGGGGGAGGGGGAGGGGAAGAAAAAAUACGCCGUUUUCUCUUCUUUCUCCCCGCCCCCUCCCCCCUCCCCUUGACUCGCCCCAUUUCCUCCUCUCUUCGGGAGUUUCAGCAUGGCGCUUUCGCGAUUAAAACCAUUCGCGCGCGCCCGAUGAAAACGCCUGCACUGCAGGCUAUGCAGGCACUACUGAAAUGGAGCGCGGCAUUAGCGAACGAAACUACAAUUUUGACAAACAAUGUUAGCGAAAUACUCUGCAAAUGUCUUUCAUGUGUGGUUCUCAGAUAACAUCGCAUGACUUCUGAAUUUAAAGAGACCUUUUCCAAGAGCCCUUCACAAAAUGACAGCUCAACCCAUGACUCAUUAAAGUUAAUGCCCAAUCUCAAUGCAAUGCCAAAACGCCUGUCUGUUCACUUAUUUUCUUUUUCACUUUUAGUUCCUUCACGUAUUACACGUAAGUUCAAACUACAAAGGAGUUUGCUGUAAAAUCUUUAAUAUAGGCUUAAAAAGUAAGACGUGAUCAUACUGGAUGCAAUUUAUGAAAGCGAUACAUGACUUGACCUCUUAGUCUACUUUGUGCACUGAUGCACAGACACAAUCAUGUCUUUGUCUACAAGUUGAUAUAUUCUAUCUUUGUAAAAGGCCUAGUGAAUUGUUCACGUGGUAACGGAGUGAAACUCAUAAGAGCAAUUGAGGAUAUCUGCUUAUACAAUAGUAAAGCCUGAGACCGGGGGAUACUCUUGAAAACUGUGGGAGGUGGUGUGGGGUCUGUUUCGUGCGACUCUUCUCUGUAUCUCACCGAAUCAUGUUUUAUUUUUCCCACUAUCUUUCAGACCUGACACAGAAUUAAUUACCUUAUUUUGUGCCAUACUGAUAAAGUGCAGGCACGUUGAUGCAUUUUCUUAGCUUUUCAGUAGCUGAUUGAUUUGUUACCACUUUGCAGAAGAGCUUCAGUUUAACCACAGUCAACUUCUUCUCAGGAGAUGUUGAAUAGAAGAGAAAUGUUGUGGUUACAUACCUAACUUUAGAGUAAACCAUUCCCUUUAAAAGAUCAAAAUGUUUAAAAUCUAUUCCCAUUUUCACCAAUAAUUCACAAGAGCCUAAAAGGCUAAAGUCAAUUGAUAUACCCUGCUGGAGCUUCAUAUACCUGAGAGAGUACUCCCCCCCCCCCCCCCGACCCUUAUCUUGUUGCUUGGUUAUGAAGACUGCGCAUUUUUCUUGUAAAUUCCUGUCACUCGAUUGUCAUUUCAGUUGUUGUAAUAGAAUCCACAAAAUCAACGAUAGGAUUUCCCAUCUUAAGACAGAGGUCACAGCGGUAAUACUUUAGAACGCCUUACAAUCAUGUUGCUUAUUUCACAGGAAAGAAUCGCGUUAAGGGACUUGUCGUCAUUCACCUUAUUUUCUUCAGACCUUAACUGCACUUCGUGAACAGGUUUGUAUUAUGUUUUAUGUAGGAUAAGCUAGAUGGCUAGAUGGCAUUUGCCAUGAUCAAAAAACAAAACAAGUGUACCGUGUCGUACUACGUUUCCUAUUGCUGUCGGGUGUUUGGGAGAACUUGAGUUAUUACAGUGAAUUCUUAUGGGUAUUAUGAUACGCUGCUACCCCCACUGGCCAACAUCUGAAAAGUGUGUGACUUAAAAUUACUCUUUCCUCCUUAGCAUAACAUAACAUUAGCAUAACAUUACGUUAUGUGUUCAAGAAUGAUCCCUUGUUUCUCUCCAAAAUAUCGCGUGAUUCCGGCCCAGACGUUGACCCCAUUCGAUGUAAAUAUAAUUACACUUUCACUGAAGUACAUCUUCUUGUACGUAUGUCUCACUUCCGAGGCAGAUCGGAAAGAGCUUCAAUGCCAUGCUAACUGUUCGGUUUUCCAAGUCUUAAUUUGUCUUAAAUCAAAGAAGGAGAAAUCGGGUACCUUGGUAUUAUCACUGGUUCUUGAUGUACCCAUUCGUCGUUUAUGUUUAGCCAUACAUUUGGAUCGCCCAGUGACGCUGGUAAGCAGACGUUCUGAAACUAGAAUGUUCACUUUCAAAAAUUUAAAGUUCAAGUCACAAAUGAAUAAUCACAGAAUGAACAUCACGGAAUUACUUCUCUAUUUGUGGCUUCUUUUAUCACUAGAUAGGAUCUGCAGUGUACGCUUUAGGGGUAAAUGACGACAUUAAUGAUAAGGAAAUGAAGGUCUUACCAACACAAAACUGAUUCUGGUAUAUUGAGCCAACAUCGCAUGCAACUUUUCACGAAGCUUCUUCUCGAAAUCAUUAACUUUAAGCUGCAAAGGAAUUUUUGUGUGAAAAGAUGAUCAGUAUUAAAACUUAAAAUUAUCACUGAGCUGAAGAUCGGUGACCGUCGUGAACGUCCAAGUCUUUCAAGAAGUCUUAAAUAAUGUUCUCAGUCUUUAACAGACUUCUUUCUCGUUUUAAGUGCAAUUCAACAAAGCUGCAACUUCUUUUAACUAAAACAUAUUGCCACUUUUGCGUCCUUUAUUUUGCAAAUUUAGAUCGUGUGAUUCUGGACUCAUUCUUGGUAGAUUAAUGCGUUUUUACAAUUGCCACUAAACACGAGGUUCUUCUGUUUGUCUUCCAAUCAUGGUCAAUCUUUUUUUUCCUGUUUUUCGACAAGGAAGUGUGAAUUAAAGUAGGAUUCAUUCUCACUGAGCCACUGUUGGAGCUUGUUGAAGCCGUUUAGCUACAUGAACUGAGUUUGAACUAUUCCCCGAGGAACUCAGGAAAGACUAUUUAUAUAAUUCCUCGUUGCGAAUUUGUGCGAUCUCUGCAUAAAAAAAUGAUAAACUGAGUAUUUUCCUCAUAAAAUUCAGCUCAUAUGUGACAGUACCCCCGAGACCUUACUUAUCUUUACUUAUCAGUUCUACUGUCCUUUUUUUCUUUACAUUAGACAUUUGCUCCUGGAAAGUCAAGAGGUUUGUACUUAUCAACAUUUUACCUUCAGCUGUAGAUUUUUGAUCGGAAAGGUUAACUUACCCAUUUUAUGAGCAGCUUAAGAGAAAAGAAGCAUCUAAAGAAUCAACAUGACGCAUUCAGUGUUUUUCAAUACACACAUGAUCCUUCCGACAAUAGAGCUAAUAAUUUUACGGAAGGCUCAAACAUUGAAAAAAAAUUCAGUCAUAUAAUAUUUCGAUAACAAGUUAUAACUUUGACACUACUCCUAUUGAUACCAUAGAAAUUGUACUAACCUAUUUAUCGCUUCUCGCGAUAAUUGACAUAAUUCGAUCCAAUUUCCUCAUUCAGUUUUCCCUUAUCGACAUUCCAAUUUUUUGCAGAUCGACCGAGCAAAGUACUGGGACCUAAGAGUGAACGUACAUGUGACAAUUGUUCUGGCAUCUUCUUCUACUUCGCAAUGAAUUGCGAGGUCAGUUAGCUUUUUUUCCGGUUGCUUGGCUUAAUGCCGGACUUAAUUGCAUUCAAAAGGUAAUGUUAAAAGGUAAUGCUUCAUCUACAAAGGUUGAUCAAUGUGAUUAUUGUUUAUUCCAGACUUUUGAAGCUUCUUCAUAACUGAACAAUAGUCUACACUGAAUCAACGUUAGGUAAGCUUCUUGACCUCAGUGAACGCAGCUGUUUUUGCUUACUAUGAAUCUAUAAAUGUUCAUUCUAAGAGGAAGUCUUUCUUUAGCAGCCUAUAUUCUUUCUCUUUCUACAAUUGAUGUGAAUUAUUGGACCCACUUGGUCAGACCUUUAUAUAUGUAAGUCGAAAUUUAUUAAAAUUCGGAUUAGGGUUAAUCCCAGACAAAAAUGUACCAUUUGUGAGCAAAUAUCCUUACCCUGAGUAAUUUGAAAAGGGGCCAUAAGUCAUUAUCUUUUAACUAAUGAAGCUGAGCGGGGGUGGGGGCAGUGUAUGGUGUGGGGAUUUGACAUUGUUCAAAAAUUUGUCGUCAAAUUCUCUGCCCACAGGCAAAUCAUUCCAGUCAAAAUAUGCACAAAAAUUUCCCAGUGCUGAUAAGUUUUAUCAGGGUUGUGGGUUGCUACGGUCGGGGAAAAACGAAAAAUUUUCAAGGUCAAGGAAAAGUUGGGGAAUUCUGUUUUCCAGCUCAAUGCAUCAGGGUUAGCAAUAGGCCUUUAAAGGCAAAAUUAAACCUCUCUGAGUGUUUUCAACCUGAUGGAGUUUUCCAUUUUGAAAAUAGAGCUUCUGCUUACUUUGAUACGGCAAUUUAUUAAACGUUUCGUUGAUCCUAGUGCACGUCGAGCAAAGAAAGAUUCAAAUAUCUCCUCCCCCUGGAGAACAAGAUCAUUCUAAUGCCCCACCCCAGGGCCAACACAGACAAUCAAAUCCACACCCCACCCCAUGCCCUGACUUACUUUUUGCCAUUUAUUUCAGUUAAACUGCAUGGUUGACUGAGACAGUUGGUAUGACUUGGAGUGAAAGACUAUUGAUGGAAUUAAUACAAAGGUAUUCUCUUACAAUACUAAUCUAAAAAUUAUGGUAUUUCUCUACAGUCUGAGUUCUGUUUUAUGUGAUGCGUUAUACAAGUACAAUGAAAGACUUUGCUUUUGUUAGUCCUCAAGAAUAUCCUGGCGAUUUACUGCCAGGGAAAGUUAUGAGAGAUUUUGGACCACAGCUAGUUUGCUGGCAUUAAAAAUAAAGUAGAGAUGCUCCUUGUAGGGGAACAGCAAAAUAUUGAAAAUUGUUUAAAAUAAACUUAGUGAGCAGCAUGAAAAGUGUAUGUUGCAUAAACAAACAGUGUUGGAUCCAGACCUUGCGAUAAGGAGGGGUGGGGUGGGGGCAGUCUCCCAAAAAUUUUUUUCACCCUUUGGCCCUCAAUUUAGUCUAAAUAUAAGGGGGGCUGCCCAGGCACCCCGGGCCCCUCCUCCCCUGAAUCCACCACUGAAAAAAACACGUAGGAGAAUAAACUAGUUUUACUGUACUACGUGUUCACAGAAUGCUUAUUCACAAAGUUGAAUUUGAAAAAAUAAUUUUGCUGGCACCAAAUUCCAGUACUCCUGCUAUGUAAUUGCAGACAAAAAAUGAAAAAAUCUUCAGUGAUGAAGAUACAUAAUGUCAAGGUUAUUAAAGAAAUAACUUUUGCUUUAGGUUUUGUAAACUUGGCAAAAACCUCUUAAGGAAACAGCGCAUGAUGACUAAGUAAAUGAUUGUUACUGAGUGUAGCAUAGAGAGAAAACGUUCCUCAAUAUGCAAGAGUGCAAGUGCUACAUUGGGUUUUUCUUUGAAUUAUUUUAUUUUGGCUGUACAAAUUUUUGUAGUUGAGCCUAAAUUGGCAAAGGAUACUUUAAGAUGUUGGUAUUAAAUUUGCACCCAUCAUACAGUCAACUCCCAAUAACUUGAACCUUCAAGUGAAAUCAAAAACAAUUUGAGUUAUCAGGAGUUCGAAGCAAAUAACCAGAAGUAAGGUAAUGGGAUGGGGAAGAGAUGCAAGAAUCUUGUAACUUAUUCUCAUUUACCGUCAGUUGCAUCUAAGUGUGUACACGCGAGGAAAAAACAUGUUCUAAUUGGGUGCAAACAUGACAUGUCUUGCCACCAAACAUUCAAAGUUUGGAGUAGGCAGCUGUUGUUGACUUGAUUUGUUUUCACUCAACAAAAUAUUCUUUGCAAGUAUUGUUAGGCAUUAAGAAUAAUUUCUAGAGGCAAGUGUGCUGUUUCUGAGCAGUAAAUAUGCCUGACAGUUGAGAAAAAUGAAAUAUGAACGGAACGCGCUGGUCAAAAACGUUGUAAUAGAAGGGUGCCAGACAUUGUAAGUUUGACAGCCGUUAAAGCAAACUGUCGCGCCAUUGUCAAAUAGUUUAUAUGUUUUUGACCAGCGCAUUACAGAGUAUGGUAUUCACAAUGUCAAGUAUUGAAUGUUGAGUAGAACCGUGUUUGCUGCAAAAACCUUAUUGCUGAUCAUAGAGAACAUUGAAUUUUGUAAUAAAUUUGAAUAGUUGGGUAAACAUUAGUUUUUUAGCCAUUUUGAAAAAUAGCUCAUAUGUCAGUGGUCUAAGCGUAUGUAUCAUUACGGCUUUGUGGCUUUGUCUGUUUGGAUGUGUGUUGCAGGGGCCAAUAAUGUUGAAGGUACUAUGAGUUUAUGCUUAGGAACCAAUCCAAUAAGAUUUUGGCAUCUAAACAUGACAUUGCUGCGCUAAAGGUCAAACAAGGGCACUUUAUUGAGACUGCCAGUUUGGUUCUUCACAAUUCAGUCAUCUUUUAUUACUGCUAAAGGUGUUUAAAAGCAUAACAUUUAAAUAUCUUCAUGAUUCAAAUGCUGAGUACAGUGAUGCAGCUGUUUAAAGGUUCAUGAUUUUUUUAGUGUGGCUGUGCUGGUUCAAGACAUUUAUGACCUAAUUUGGCUAUCGCAAACGGCACAACGUACGUGAGUUAUGUUUCACCCACUUCAAAGUGAUCUGAAAAAAAUAUUGUUACUGCGACUGUAGCACGGAGAGAAAAAGUUCCUCGAUAUGCAAGAGUGCUUGCUACAUUGGGUUUUUCUCUGAAUUUUAUUUUGGCUGUAUGAAUUGAGAAAUUGUCCUUGAGCUUAAAUUGGCAAAGGUCAUACUUUAAGAGGGUGGUUAUUAAAUUUGCACCUGUCACACAGUCGACUCCUGAUAACUUGAACCUCAUAACACAAAGGAAAUGAAAAACAGUUUGAGUUAUCGGGAGUUUGAAGCAAAUAACCAGAAGUAAGGUAAUGAGAUAGGGGAGAAAUGGAAAUGUCACAUACCUUACUGGGCAAAAUCACAGAUUUUGAUGCUCACUAAAUCUUAAAAUCCCUAUAAAUCCCAGCUAAAAACCAUGAAAUUAAAUACUUGCAAAAAGUAUAUGGCUCAAAUUAAAUACUCUGGAAAUUAAUUAAUUGAGAAUAAGGUGCACUUCAACUCAAAGUUCAGCAAGAGAGUGAUAUUUUGAAAAAGAAAUUGAGCAACAAAGCUUGAUUCGUCAAUGCAGUGCUAAACAUUGUAUUUGAAUUGAACCAACAAAAAAAUAAAGAAGCUCAAAGAAAACACGAUUGUUCUAAGAGAAAUUCAAUGUUUUUCACUGCGUUUUUUUUUUCAAUUCUCAUGUGGUUAAAAUACGGUCAGAGUUUUUGAGGGUAAAAUUGUAUAGAAAUUAUCUGAAGGGAAACAACAUUUACUUCAAGUUAGUGGGAGGUUGAUAAUAAUCUUUUCUUUCUAUUAUCUAACAUUUAAUUUGUGAUCUUACUUUUUGACAUUUUAGGGAAAUAAUUGUUAAUCGAGACAUCAUGGCACAGGACCAAGAACUUAAUAGGAAAAGGAAAUAGUGCUCAUAAGAAUAUGGAAGAAUUUCCACCUUCACUCACCCUAGAACUUCCCAAGAAAUGUGAUCUUCCUGACACAUUAAAACCUUGGAAUGAAGUCCAUCUUCCAAUUGACAUUCUUUUGUUGACAGUGGACGACUGUGAGUUCUUAGCCUGUUUUGCAUACCUGAGAAAUGCCUUUAAAAGCUACCUCAAGAACCUUGGAUAUGUGUACUUUGGGAACAUGGGUGAAAAUGGGGAUGUGCCCCUAAAAGUUGCUUUGAUGACAUGUUCUGAAGGCUCUUCUGCUCCAGAUGGCUCGCUGGUCACUGUUAAGAAUGCUGUGGUGGUACUGAGACCCAAAGCUGUUUUCUAUGUUGGCUGCUGUGGUGGGUUGAACCCAGAAGUCACCAAGUUACAGCUAGGUGAUGUGGUGGUAUCCUCUAAACUUACAACUGAAUCAUUCAAAACCCCAGUGAGUAGAGAUAUUUUGCGUCUUGUCAGGCAUGCAGAUCAUGGCUGGAUUCCUCCAUUAAGAAAUCCAGAAGAUCAUAAAGUUCAGGUCUGUUGUAAUGGGGAGAUUUUAAGUGGCAUAAACCCAGUCAGUGCUAAACAGCAAAACAUGUCUUAUUUUACUCAAGCCACUGCAUUUGAAAUCGGUGGUGAAGGUAAGAUAUUAAGAAAAAGAAGUCAUUUAUCAGGGAAUAAAUUUUAUUCCCUGAUAAAUGACUUCUUUUCUCUCUUGUUUUGUUUUCUUACAAGAGGCAUGGUGGCCUAGUGGUGAAUAUUGCAAACUUCACAUACGCACCAGGUCUAUAUGGUUUUAAAAACUUGGUACAAAUUAAUAACGUUUUUGCUUUCCUUUAAUACAUAAUUGGCAGGUUACAGACUUCUUUACAAUAGGAGUGAACUUCCUGCAAAAUUCUUGUUGAUACCGCGCCAAACAGAAAAUGUGUACCUAAUAGUUUGAUUCAGCUUACGUAGAUUAUUGUCGACAUGGUGUGGUCCAUGAUUUUCCAGUUGAGGGACAUUAAAGUAGUCUGUGAUGAUAGACUUUUUCAACAUUUAUGGAGAGAGAGAGAAACUAAAAAAUGAAAACCUAAUUUUUGAAUGCAAAAACGUUCCAGAUAAAUCUUUAACGGAAUGAUGAUCAGUCAGGGUCAGUUCUUUUCCAAUUUUCAUGAAUACGCGGUGUAUUGUGGGAUCACAUGAAGGCAAACAUUUUAAGAAUAUUUAGAAUUUAUCACAUUCCUCUUCUCAAACUGUUGUAUUUUAUGUGCAAAAACAAUACUGAAUAACAGCGAGACAGGCAGCAACAAAUCUGCACAAUUUAAAGUCAAGUCACAACAGUACAAAUGCCUUUACUUAUAACGCCCCUGCUUUAGAUCUGGAGGUCCAGGUUUGGGGUCUUGCUGUUGUGUUGUUUUUCUCAUUGUAAAACAAACUUUGCUUCACUUUGUCCCUGACCUUCACCAAUUAAGGUGUAUAUAGAGGCGCUGGUUAUUAUUUCUUGUGAUCCUGUUUUCGGUCUGAUCCAAUGAUGUUUACAGCUAUUUCAAGAAAGGUUGUCGGAGAAAAUGUGCACGUGACAGUCCCGAAAGGUAGCAUGAUCAAAUUAUACACCGUUCCUGACAACAGUGGCCGUUGAGCCUACUUUUGUUCCUUUCCUUUAGCACUCGCAAACAUGUUAUGUCCAUGGCCUCUUGUGCCAUUCUUUCAAAUUUCUUUAGAGAACAUAUACAGUGAACUCAAAGCUACCCACAUAUACCUUUCGGGAUUGUCGCGUGCACUUUUUGCGACAAUCUUUCUCAAAAUAGCUGAUGUUUAUUUAAUUUGCCGCAUUUUUCUAUACUAAAGUAUGCAAAAAUGAUUGAUUGGAGGACAGCAUUUUAAGUAAUGUUUUCCUUUGGAUAAAAUACAGAAGGAAAGUUAAAUUCUACUAAGAUCCUAUUUAUUUGUCCUGUUUUGUAUUAUUUUAUUUAUGCUGUUUAUAUCUGCCUUUUAAAAUCACUAUUAUCAUUUUCUGCCUACCCAUUUGCAUGGUAAAUAAUUCUGUUUAUGUUGUCACAUCUUGAUCAACCCUGGCUGUGACGCUCACUUAAGGGGAUGUAUUUGCAUAAAUUGAUCUCUCUUUGUAUUGAAAUUUAAUUUUUAAUCAUUUUUUGUUGUUUUUUCCAGGCCUGUUUGCUGCAGCACAUGAUCUUAAGAUUGAAUGGGUGAUUGUAAAAGGUAUUUCUCACUUUGCCGAUGGUAACAACCCUGCAGAAAAGUCUUGGGAGAGUCAUGCAUGCAUAAUGGCGGCUUCUCUUGUGUCCAACAUGUUGAAGGAUUCAUUUGUGUUUCAGCAAUGGCCUCAUUAUGAAGGUAGGUGACAUGUCCUUUAAUUAAACCAUAUCAUAAUUAAUUUUUCGUGCAGUAGAAGUGUUUAUGGUUAAGUACUGAGGUUGAUUUAAAAAUACUCAGCCACAACUUUCAAACCUUAUUAUUAAUCACAAUAAACUUGAAAAAGGAUAAAGUUCAAUGUUUUCUUUGUCAACUCACAACUGUUGGAAACUAUAACAUAGGUAAAAGAAAAAUUAUGAGAAAAAUGUGAAGAAAUUGGUCGGGAGGACAGGAGGGAGAUGUUUCCUGAUAAAAUUGACCGGCUGCUCAUCAUACUAUUUUAGGCAGUAAGAUUUGUGGGUUGGUACUCGGCAAGUGCAUACUUAGCGACCUAAAGUCUAAACUGACCCUUGUUUAAUUAGAACUUCAGUGGUAUCUGUUAGGGGCCUGUAAGGUUGGGUGGGAAUUAUUUUGUUACUCAAGUAAUUUUUGGUACCUCUUAGGCAUUAAAAUUAAUUUCCUACACGCCCACGAAGCUAGAUUCUGUUACUUUCUAGGGGUUCGUUUGGAUAUAUUUUUUUAUAAAACCCCUGUUUUUGUUUUGUUUUGUUUUGUGUGUUUGUUUGUUUCUGUUGUUGUUGUUUUUUUAAGCACCCCAUUUAUAUCUAUAGAGGGGUAUCUCCCAGGGGUUAAAGUGAAUUUCUGCCAUGCCGACAAAGUAAGAUUCUGCUACCCUCUGGGGAUGAUUUUUAUUAUUAUUAUUAUUUUUAUUUUUUUUUUUUACAAGCACCCCUGUUAUCUUUAAUUUCUUUUUUUGUAAAGCAGUUCUGUUAUUUUUAAAGGGGAGUAUCUCCUCCUCCUUUUGGUACCUUUUGUAGAGCUUAAAAUGAAUUUCUUCCGUGCCCACAAAGCAAGAUUCUUGUACCUUCUAGGGAUACUUUAAAAUUUUUUUUUUUCAGUAGCACCUCAGUUGUUUUAGCCUGCGAACGGCAGACGUUCCUCCUCGCUCUUCGCCGCUAAGGGACGUUUCGCGAGGAGGAACGUCUGCGACUCAGCAACGGAAAUUCCAUACUGAUGACGUAAAUCAAUGUUUACAUAAUAAAUCCGGUAGUCAUGGGUUUUCAAAUGCAAAUUUGUUCAAUUUUACAUUUCUCCUGGUCGAUUUUGGUAAAGUGUUGUGUUCAUCUGCGAAUGAGCUCCAGCAAAACUCAAAUGCUUCUUCUAGAGAAGACUUUAUUCCACAAAUAUUGGCUGUUUUGUUAGAGAUUCAUCGCGUUUACAUUUGACCUUUUGCCGCUUUUUGUCUUUUGCCUGUCAUUCGUAAACAAAAGCUAAAACAAUAAAACUACUCCGUCGACCAAUUAGCGCUUCUGACCGGAUUCUGGACAGAUUUUGCGUCAUCAGUAUGGAAUUUCUGUCGCUGAGUCGCAGACGUUCCUCCUCGCGAAAUGUCCCUCAGCAGCGAUAAGCGAUGAGAAACGUCUGCCGCUCGCAGACUACAGUUGUUUAAUAGGGUAUUGUUUCCUUCUGCCCUGCCUUCCCCCACCACGCCCUAAGUACACUAGCAACCAACUUUACAGGGAUUUCACUAAGGGCCAACAGGCAUGGAUUUCUGCUGGCUGCUGUGAGCAUGACCCUUGGUUACUUUCAUAGGAAAUAAUAGGAAAAUAGGACCAAAAGAAUUUCCAGGAUGUUCUAUUCCCUACUCUGCAACUUAAAACCAUAGUAACAGCCCUGAACCCUAAUUAGUAAGCUCUCUGCGUUGCAGGCUUUAUUUUCUGGUUUGAGAUCAUUCUAGAACUCUACCCUCUGAUUGGUUGAUUGCUAUGGUUUUGAAAGGGCCAGGAAAAUUAUUUGGGGGACUUAUGUUCUGUUUUGAAAAUGUUUUUGAACUGCAACUGUUCACUAGAUACCUUUCAGAAUCAACUUAAUGUGUAGCAGAAAUUCUGCAAAAGCAAGUUUAAAAGAUAAAUAUAUUUUCUAAAACUGUGCACACUGCGACCAGGCAUCCUUUAGUGAAUUAAAAUGUCAGUAUCAUCCACAAUUAAGUAAAAACUAUGAUGUAAGCGUCCAGUCCCAAGACAAGCUGCUCAGUGCUUUUUGUUGUUGAAACUUUAUUAUUCAGACCCAGAACCUAAGAUGUGGGUAGCAAAAAAACUGACAAAUUGAUAAACAUUUUCCCCAAAUUCUUUUGAAUAACUGUUGUUUUAAAUGUCUCACUUCAAUUUCUAUGCUAUUUUGUUUAACUCACAGACCCGUCAGCAAGGAAACAGCCCUCUAGCUCUACGGCCAAUAAGGAGGAGUUACCAGGUACUAUUAUAUCCAAUGAAGCAGAAAUGGUACCAGACAUACAGUAGAUUAAAAACGCUUAUUUUAAUAUGAAAAUGACUUUUAUCGUUUGUUAUAUUGCAAUACAAAAUGAUCUUUACGGUCGCAGUUGUUUAUUUUUAUUUACAAAAUAAGUAGCAAAGAAGAAGUAUGAUGUGAUACUUCAAGCGUCAAAUUCUUUCUUUCAUUCAAUCUUUCUGUUAGAGUUUUGCUAAGGUAUUUUUAACCUGCGUUAAUUCUCGAGGUCAGUUAUACAAAAUAAGAAUUAUUUUUUAGCACUCAACCACAAAAACGUCACUAACAGCUUUGGAGAGGUACCCCUCUAUGGGCGUGUCCUCUCUGAAGCUCUGUGCGUGGGGCAAUGUUCCUUUUCAUAUUCCUUCUACGUUUGACCAUAGUAUAUAUAUUUCUUCAUUGGUCUCUUUAUAUUCUGGUGUUUUAAAGCCCUCAUAUCAACGUGCACUGUUACUCACUUCUCUGUUUGAUAUCAGUGAAGGCUUAUAUUUUGUGCUGGUCAACUAGCUCCCUUUAACUUUCUUCACCUAUUAAGAUAUCAAGUUAUUAUAACGAACAAUUCUUGAAAAAAAGGAACGUAAAAUUUUCUUUAACAGAUUCUCUCUGCCUCGAGGAGUGCCAGAAACAGCUGCGAUCAAUUUAUGAAACCAACAGCAAAGUCAAAAUCGUUCCGUGGGACCAAAGCUCUGCCGUUCAUAUCGAUGAAAUUUACACCCAGUUGUCUUGGCUUAUGGAUGAGAAGAAGCCCAGCGGAGUAACCCAGAAGAAACUCGAACACUACACCAACCUUUUUGACGGCGGAAGACUUCAUCAAACGCCUAAGCGCAUUUUGGUUCACGGACGACCAGGAAUCGGCAAGACCGUUUUUACGCAGAAAGCUACAUUCGACUGGUCCCAGCACAGAUUUAAAGGAAAGUUAGGAAGAUUUGAUCUUGUACUUUUGGUCAAAUUACGCGAUGUUUGCAACCUCAGCGAUGUCCCAGGCAUUCUGAGCAAUGCUAAUCUUCUCGCGAGUGAUGGCCCGAUUUCCACUGACAACCUGUACGAUUACGUUCGUCACCACCAAGAAAACGUGUUGCUUAUUUUGGACGGCUACGAUGAAUACGUACACAGCGCAGAAAGGCAAUCUCCUGUUCUUAGAAUCUGGCAGAAAAAGCAGUUGAGGGAUUGUUGUGUUAUUAUAACGUCUAGAGACAUGAAAGGGGAGGAUUUGAAAACUUCCAGCGAUGCUCAAUUUGAGAUCGACGGUUUCGACCGUAAGCGACAAGAAGAGUUCGCCCGUAGAUUCUUGAAAGAUGAUCAAGAUGUUAAGGAAUUUUUUCGAUACUUAAAGCAACAAGACCUACAGGACGUAGCAAAAAUACCUAUUUUGCUUUUGAUGUUGUUGUCGGUUUGGAAAGAGAGGGAUCGUGAAGGACUACCUUCAUCACGGCCGAUGAUAUAUUUUCAGUUCAUUGAGACUUUGUUUGAUCAUAUGUCUGAGAAACAAGAAAAGCCGGCGGAAAAAGUUGACGACCACAAACAAGAACUCUGUAAGUUAGGAGAAUUAGCCUUUGACGCACUUCUGCAAGAUUUACUUUAUUUUCCUGUCAGUAAACUGUCGGAUCAGGUUUUGACCGAGAAACUGAUCGAGGCCGGUUUGUUUCAGCUCCUAAACAUGACAGCUCACAAGCGGUGCAAAGCCGUGCACUUCAUUCACAAAUCCCUGCAGGAGUUUUUGGCUUCUUUAUUUCUAAAAGAAGAACUGUUAUCCCAAGAAAGUAAAAACAAUUCCCUUUUCAAAGUCGACUCUAUUGAAAAGAUCUUCAAGUUGAAUGAAGUUUUUAAAUUUGCUGCUGAAAUGUCAGAAGAAGCCGCGCGCGAGAUCUUGAUUUAUCUGUUGGAAAUGGCGGCGAAGGAAGACGGAGAGUACAGCUUCGACAACGAAGCACCGUCACUCGAAGAUUUGUCUAAUGAACAAAAAAAUCUUUUAACUCUAUGUACACAGUUAUUCUUCUACUGCUCAGCAGACACGAGAACAGAACUUUUCCCCACUUUUCUUUCUAAUCUAGGAAGUGUUUUGUUCAUUUCAAAUCCUGAGCAGCUGAAUAUUGCAGCAAAGGAAAAUUUUGUUAAAAGUACCGCUUCACUUAUGUACAUAUUUUUCUCUUAUAGCGACCAGUAUACAGAGCAAAGUUAUAAUAAUUUAAUAACUUUAGUACAGCAAUUAAACGCUGUUAUAGUUAGUAGAACAGGAGAACAGAAAGCAUCAGAAUUUUUGAAUGUAUUUCCAUGGCGUAGUGUUGACGAGUUUUUCUUAAUGAAAGAAGAAAACAACACUCACCUUUAUUUUACUCAAAUUGUAAAAAAUCCUAUGAGAAGCAUUUCUUCUCUUCCAUAUAAAAUGGUAAAGACGUUAGUUAGUUUAGAAGAGACAACAAAGAAGGCAAACAUGAAUGGUGAUGAGUCAAGUGAAGAGAGCAGCAGCAGCUGUUGUUCAAAGCGUCAUGGUCUCUCCAGGGUUCGGAGGAUUGAUGCUCAGUUUGUGAACAGGUCACGAGUGGAACAGCUGAUUGAGACGAUGCCGUUUAUCACCGCUCCACACGUGAUAGAGGUUUGGGGUGAACUAUUCGGUGAAGUGUUUGAUGCUGAGGUAACAGAGUCUCUACUGAGGAGCAUCCCAACAACACACAAACUGGAGAUAUUAAUACUCUGGAAUAUCAAUGUAACAUCAUCACCUGCUGUGGAGUUCAUCAGCAGAGUAUUUAAACAAGAUCUUCCAAACUUGAAGAUGCUCGGCAUGUCAUUCAAUCCUCUUCUGGGUGCAGGAGUCGACAGCUUGAUAAAACAUCUCAGCUGCGCUCCUCACCUGGAGAGACUGGAGCUUCAACGAGUGAAGAUGACUCCACAGCAGGUGAUGAAUCUCUCAUCAGCUGUACAGCAGCACGGAAACAUCACUAGACUGCUGUCAUCCUACCACGUAAGUUUUCCAAUUUUA